AAUGUAGUUAGUUUGCGCUUUGGAGUCACCAAAGACGUACAGAAAAAAAUUUAUUUUCUUACGUGCAUAUUUUUACAAUUACUUUUGAAGAAACCAAAGGAUCGUUGUCCCCUUACAUUACUCAUACUAUAAUUAAAAUCAAUAGCAAUGCUGAAAUUCGCAAGCCCCACCACCAGCAUGGAAGGGUUCCCCUACAGAGCCAGAAAUCCAUUGCGUUCAUCGAUGAAAAGAAAGUCUACAUUGUCUUUAAUUUCCAGACAAUCUUAUGCGGGAUCUUCUACUUCGGAAUUUUCACUGCAGAGACGCACACAUUUCGAUCAAAACAAUAUUGCAUUGACAUAUAAACCCCUGAAGAAGGACUAUGGCUACAUACAGAUUAAACAGGCAUCAACACCCUUUCCACGACGUUCGUCUCUACCUCAUUACACCGGAAAGCGGACACCUGCUAUGCGAGAAGAGAUGAAGAACAGCAUUGAUUCAGCAUUACCACGCGAUUUUAGUGAUUCAAGUUUAAGCGAUGAAAUGGACUUUGCCACGAAACGAAAAAUAUUCUGUACGGGUGAGUUCACAAUAACUCGACAAAGAAAAUCACUGCAAGUCCAUCCGCCAAUGAGGGAUAUUAAAAGUAUUACCGAAGGUAGACUUGGCUCGUCAUAUGCGAAUUUACCUAAGUUCUUCCGCAAGCAUUAUCAUCAGCGGAGCAGCAGCAUUGUGUUGACGCCAACAGAUGCAACAUCUGCGUAAGCAAUGCAGUUAAGGACGUAUAAUAUAUUUGUAUGUUUUUUGUUGUUAUCAACUGAUAUUUGGCGAAUUGAAAUAAAUGAUUACAUCUUUCCAA